AUGGCUUCUGCUCCAACGACCGCGCUUCUAUUAGGCAUUUCCGGCCCCAGCUCAUCGGGGAAGACUACUCUGUCUCGUCUUUUGCGUGAUAUAUUACCGCAGAGCUUCAUUCUCCAUUUAGAUGAUUUCUAUCGCAUCGAUUCCGAGAUCCCCGUUCGAGAAGGCGUCCAAGACUGGGACUGCAUUGAGUCUUUGGACCUUGCCGGCUUUCGUGAUGCUCUUUCGUACAUCAAGAAACACGGCUCGUGUCCACCGACGUUGGUUUCAAAAGAGGAUCAAAAUGCCGUCGGUCAGCAUGGAGUGGAUCCCGCCUAUAUUGAAGAGCUAAAGCAACGAGUCCAAGCCCUCGUCACAGACAAGUCGUGGAACCUCCCCAUCGCAAUAAUCGAUGGCUUUUUACUCUUUUCCAACGAAAUGUCCGAUAUAAGGGAUCUUUUCGACGUUCGGCUGUUUCUCAGGACCUCAUACCGCACAGCAAAGGCGCGACGGGAGGCAAGGACCGGCUACGUUACCCUGGAAGGCUUCUGGGAGGACCCCCCGGGAUAUGUAGACCAGAUAGUCUGGCCAAACUACGUAAAAGACCACUCUUUUCUGUUCCAGCAAGGCGAUGUCGAAGGCGAACUGGAUGAGGAUGUGUGCAAACGUGCCGAUAUUCAUGGCAUGCCUAGGGAAGCAGAGGCGAGCAUGAAGCACUGUCUGGAGUGGGCGCUUCAGAAUAUCGAAAGAGCUAUGGGCAAAGAAAAGUAGACAACGAUAUUGUUAUCUUGCUGAUCAGCACAGGCGCCCUCUCCCAGUGGACGUGUCUAGGUUAGUAAUAGUAUGAUCGCACACAGAUGCUGCUUAACCAACAAAUACGAUUCUAAGAUAAAGCUCGAGCUGUAUAUGAGGCUAGAAAUACAUACAAUUAGCUUUAAGCUUGGGGU